AGUGAAGAUGGAGGUGGGAGGAGAUAACAAAAGCUGGUGUGCGAUCCCGGGCAUCUCCGACACGAAGGCGUGAGAAGGAGGAGGGAAAGGAGACGGCAGGAGAGAGAAUUUCAUUUCCAAAGAUCAAAACAAAAGGAGGAGCAGGCAAAAUGGGGAAACAAAACAGCAAGCUGGCCCCUGAGGUGAUGGAGGAUCUGGUGAAGAGCACGGAGUUCAAUGAACACGAGCUAAAACAGUGGUACAAAGGAUUUCUAAAGGAUUGUCCAAGUGGUAGACUGAACCUUGAGGAGUUUCAGCAGCUCUACGUAAAAUUCUUCCCAUAUGGAGAUGCUUCAAAGUUUGCCCAGCACGCCUUCCGAACCUUUGAUAAAAAUGGAGAUGGGACCAUUGACUUCAGAGAGUUCAUUUGUGCCCUGUCCAUCACCUCACGGGGCAGUUUUGAGCAAAAGCUGAACUGGGCCUUCAACAUGUACGACCUGGAUGGUGACGGUAAAAUUACAAGAGUGGAAAUGCUGGAAAUUAUAGAGGCUAUCUACAAAAUGGUGGGCACUGUGAUAAUGAUGAAAAUGAAUGAGGAUGGUCUGACGCCUGAGCAACGGGUAGACAAGAUCUUCAGUAAGAUGGAUAAGAACAAAGACGAUCAGAUCACACUGGAUGAAUUCAAAGAAGCUGCAAAGAGUGAUCCGUCCAUUGUAUUACUCCUGCAGUGUGACAUUCAAAAAUGAGCUUGUGUACAACGCAUCAUAGACUGCACAGAAGUUUAAUGUUCCAUUCAGUUUGCAGCUAUUUCCACACACACAAAAAUUUGCUUGGACUACCUAUAAAUGGACUUGCUUCUUGUGUUUGAAACACUUGUGUGCAUGAGAAUGUCAUUUGCUAAAGAAUUUUAAAAGUAUAUAUUAUAAAAAUAAACUGCCACAACGUGACGUGUGCAAUGUCAUUUCAUAACAACCCUCUUCCCUGAAGCCUGUGCAGCAGGCCUGUGCUGCAGUGAAUUAUAUUAUUUAUUGUUCAUGUUUUACUGAUGCUAGCUCUGUGUCUCCUAGACUGAGUAAUGUUAGUGACACUGAAUUCCCAUGGUAAUGUUAACUGUUUAUUAUAAAUCAUGUCACCAUUCUGCUGUAAAGUAGUACUGGACAGACAGAGGGGAAGAGCUCUUCGGCUCCCGAGUCUGAUCCACACGUGCUUGUAUUGUCAGUGGAUAUAAAUGUACUUCAUUUGCAUGCCUUUUAGGUUUGCCUUAAUUCUUACCUCAUUUGCAUCCCUUCAAUCUGGAAAGAGCUAUGUCAGAGGAAUGCAGUAUAUUUAAAAAAAAAAAAAAAAAGAAAAUCCUGCUAAAAUUAUCCCUUUAAUUAAGAAUAUAUAAAAUAUAUAUAUAAAAUGUUUAAAAUAUUGUUUUAUUGCAAGUUUAAAGGUUUUAUUGGAAGUGUAUUGAUCUUUGCCAGAAUUUUCAAAAGCUUCCAGAGGUUGCAAUAUAUAUGUCCCAAAAUAAAUUUAUAACAUUUGAUCUUUUCCCCUAAUUCUUAUUUCAUGUCUUCAGCAUGGUAAUAAAAAAAAAAAGUUCAAUCUCUUUAAUUAUCUGUCAGUGUACACUGGGAAAUAUAUAUUUCAUUAUGAAAGCAUGAAGAAAACUACUUUGCACUCACUCACUAGGAGAGUCAUAUUAUAUGAAACCAAAUGUUGUAGUUCUUGUAUUUACCAACAGAGCUGCUGUUGGUGCUCUAAGAUGCUACUGCUAAGAUCUGACAGCACACCUACUAGACUUGUGCUGAUGUAGCUUUUUAAACUAGCUGUAAGUCAAAUACAGUUUAUUUGCUUGGCCUAAA